GAAACAUUAUCUAAUAAUCGUAAUCAUUAUAAAUGCUUUAAACAACCAGAUAAGAAACAGAAAAUAUCUAUAUAAUGAGGUGACUACUAAAAGUUUUAUAAUAAGAAUUGAACAUUAUUGAAAUAUGGACAUUCAAAUCAAAGGAGAUCUCGAUGGCAUCAGUGACCAGCAAUUGGAUUUCAUAAGGAGAAAAAUAAAAGAAAAUAACAUAAAAGGGAAAGAUGCGACCGUAUCCGUGAUUGGGCAAGCCGGUGACAAUUUUGGCGCUGCCGUGAGAGUUAUCUCCAUUAAGAACGAAAAAGAAGAUUUUAAAAUUAUAGUGAAGGUUACAUCAAAUGUUACGAGACUAUUAAAUGAAACUAAUAUAUUGGCUGUGAUAACGUUUACAAAUGAAAUCACGAUGUAUAAGGAAGUUCUGCCGAUGAUGACUCAAUUACAGAAGAAUGUUGGAAUAGAACCGAGUGAUAUGUUUCCCGUUCCUAUCUGCUAUGGUGCAAGCAACGAAACACCACACGAAAUUAUAUUAUUGGAAGAUUUAAGGAAAGAAAAAUAUGUGAUGUUAGAUAAGUUUAAGCCCCUGCCGAAUGAUACCAUUAAAUUGAUAUUGCGAACCGUUGCACAGUACCAUUCCUUGUGUUUUGUUUUAAAAGAAAAAUGCCCCGAAGAAUAUACUGGAUUUUGUAAUAAGCUUAUGAAUAUGAACGCAGUUGAAACAUUAUUGCAAUAUACUCAAACUUUCAAAACUAUCGGACAGCAGAUAAGUCAAAUGUUUGAAGACAAGUUAACAGCGAAUAUAAUAGUAAAGACAAUAAAUGAACAAAUAGAUAAAAAAUUUAGGAUGGAGAAAUCCGAAAAAGGUUCCAAAUAUUUGAUUAUUGUUCAUGGAGAUUGUUGGACGAACAAUUUCUUAUUCAAGUUAGAGGGCGACAAGCCAACGAAGUGCAUUAUGAUCGACUACCAACUAGUGAAAGAAGCACCACCAGUCAUCGAUAUAUUUUAUGUAAUUUUUAACUGCACCGACUAUGAAACAAGGGCCAAGCAUUACUACGAGUGGAUAGAUUAUUAUCAUUCACAAUUAGAGAUAAAUUUAGAUGUACACGGUUUAAAGAUAAAAACCACAUACCCUAAAGAUAAACUCGAAAGUGACCUUUGUAGAUACGCAAAAAAUAUGCUCGGAACGGCGAUAAUCUCUAAUAGUCUCAUGAUAAGAAAUAAUGAAGAAAUAGCCAAAAUAAAGGAAACUAUGUCAGAAGCAGAGAAUAUAGGACAUUUUGCGGAAAGUUUUAAUAAUAUGUCCGGCUUACACGUGGAAACGGUAUUGCUAAUAAAACAACGUAUCGUGGAUACAAUAAAAAGCUGCAUCGAUUUUGGGUAUUUAAAUCCAAAUAAAUAUAUUUAAAAUAAAAUUAAUGUAACUAGCAUAAUA